AGUUGUGUAUGUGAGGAAUAAAAAUGUUAUUUACUUAAUCUGUGAUACAGUAUGCAAACACCUAACACCACCAACGACUGUCACUAACGGGAGCUGAACGUGUUCGGCUUGACAUGUCUUUUUUUCAACUCCGCCCUGAAUGCAAGCGGAUGCUCUCGCUGAUCGCCGUCUGUAGCCCUGCUUCAAGUCGAACGCACCCCUUUACCCAGUUAACACAGUUACGACGUGACGACUACUGCUUUUUCCAUACUAUAACAGGGAAGUAUGCCAUUUCGGACGCAGCCACUUUUCCGUUAGGCAAGGCAAAGGCGAAGCAAAAACGGCGCAAGUUUCCUUUUGUUUUGUUUUUUGUCGAUGGCUCGGCGUCGAACAUCACAUCGCUAGAAAAAUGACACAAGCUGUUUUCUAUUGAUGUUUUCCACGGUUUCUGCAAAUAGGAGUUCACUUCCACUUGGAAGAGAAAAGUACAUUUUUGUUUCCUCUCAGUCCAGACUUCUUUUCGAAACCGUGGUGGGACAUUAUGUUUGGUGUUUUUCUCACCUGUGUUUUGCUUUUGCAAGGUUCAUCUGGUGUUGAUUCAGAGAAAGUGUCAGUGAUGGAGGGAGAUUCAGUCACGCUACACACUGGCAUCAAAACAAAUCAAGACAGAAUAAAUUGGUUUUUUAAUACUGAUCGUAUCGCUCGGAUCACUAUAAAUAACAGUACGAUCUGUGCAGAUGCUAAGUGUCCUGAGAGAUUCAGAGACAGACUGAAGCUGGAUCAUGUGACUGGAUCUCUGACCAUCACAAACAUCACAAACACAGACUCUGGAGAAUAUACACUAGAUAUCACCAGCCACAACAGUGAAAAGACCUUCAGUGUUUCUGUUCAUGAUGCUCCUGCCGCUGAUCGAGAAGAAAUAAAGUCAGUGAAGGAGGGAGAAUCUGUCACUUUAGAUCCUGGUGUCAUGAACAACACAAAUUAUUCGAUCACGUUUCUUUUUAAUGACGUCCUCAUCGCUGAAAUCAGUGAAGAUCAGAGUAAGACCUGCACAGAUGUUCAGUGUGAGGACUCUGAUGAGAGAUUCAGAGACAGACUGAAGCUGGAUCAUCAGACUGGAUCUCUGACCAUCACAGACAUCACAAACACAGACUCUGGAGAUUAUACACUAGAUAUCAUCAGCCGCAGGAGUGGAAAGACCUUCAGUGUUUCUGUUCAUGAUGCUCCUGUCGCUGAUCGAGAAGAAAUAAAGUCAGUGAAGGAGGGAGAAUCUGUCACUUUAGAUCCUGGUGUCAUGAACAACACAAAUGUUUUGAUCAUGUGGCUUUUUAAUGACGUCCUCAUCGCUGAAAUCAGUGAAGAACCCAAUAAGACCUGCACAGAUGUUCAGUGUGAGGACUCUGAUGAGAGAUUCAGAGACAGACUGAAGGUUAAUCGGACUGGAUCUCUGACCAUCACAGACACCAGAACCACAGACUCAGGAAAUUAUAAACUACAGAUCAUCAUCAGCAGCAGCAGCAGCUUCAGUAUUAGGAGGAGCAGGAGUUUCAGUCUUACUGUCACUGGUUCAGGUCCGUCUCUGUCUGUUGUAGCAGGAAUAUGUGCUGCUGUAGUUAUUCUGCUCGUGGCUACAUCUGCUGCUGGUGCGAGUUACUGUCUUGAGCAAAAGAAAGGAAGGGGGGCGGAGCCAAAUAAAGUUCAGGAGAAUCAUAUUAAAAACUCAUCCGUUAGAAAGACUGAGGCGGCUGCUAAUGGAGCGUCCUGUGAAAAGACUGAGACUGCCACUGAAAUACCACCGUAGCAUUAUUAUUAUUAUUAUUAUUAUUUUAUUUUUCUUAAAAGGUCGACUGAAGAAACGAUGGUAAAUGAGAAAAUAUAUUCAAACUCACUCAAACAGUAGUCCACAUAUAUUUUCAGUUACAUAAACGUUGCCUCCAAAAAGACAGUUAAGCAGGAAACCAGCAAUAAAGAAACGAAGCAGCACAUUAGCAGCAGAAGAACAGUGAGUGCUUGAGGAUUUCAGUAUUUAGAGGUUUAUUAAAACUACAAUAGUGACCAAGAGCAGUGAACAAAUAGUUUUUUAUGAUUUGCAUCGUAAUGCCUUUUGCAUUGAUGUACUGUGUCAGUUAUUUUUAUUCCAUCAGUUUACAUCCUCUUUAACUGACUGUUUACAUGAAUAUAAAAACAAGACAGCCAUUAUGACAAGGAGAUGUAUUUGACUGCACAAGGCCUCGUACUGUAAGACACAAGUGCACUUCACAUACUAUAGUUGCCAUUACUGCAUACAUUAUUGUGCUCUUGACAUCUCGCUGCCUCGACAUAUUUGAUGUGUGAAACAGUGUUAGAUGUACAGUAGAGUUAGUUGGUUGGCAAUCAUGUACUUCAUAUUCUCAUUCUUUGGAUAAUUAAUUCUUAAAUCUUGCAUGAAAUGUUGUAUUGAUAUUUCAUGAGGUGCUGUUUAGAUCUUAGUCUUACUUGCCAAAAGCUUGAGUUUCAUGUGAGGAUUUUCUUUUCCAUCUGUCCCUCUCAGUUCUGUUCAAUUGGUUGUGUGAUUUUAUACCAUCUAAUUGUAUUAAUUUUUUUGUUUUAAAUAAUAUCACUGCAGACCUGCCAGUCUUGGCUAUGCAUUUUGAUCUCAGAGUACACUGGUGAGAUUUCUCUCUCUAAACUACGCCUCUGUCCACACGCAGUAUUCAGAACAAGCAGAACAAGGUUUUUUUUUUUAAAGCAUUAACUGUAACGUGUAAUGUGGCAAUCAAAAUUGAAUUUUUAUUCUGUGCUUUUUUAGUUAUUUUAAUUUUUGGUUUAGUAACUUUAACUUCUGCUUUAAGAAUAUAUUUGUUUUUAGAUUUUCAGUGUAACAAUGUAAUGUGAUUUUAACCUCUUUUUUUUUUUUGGCACAUAAUUUAUGCAUACAUGCUAACAUUCACUUUGUUUGUUUAAUCCACAUACAAAAUACUAAGAUAUAUAGGCUACUGUAUACUGCAAACCAGCCAAAAAAUACUGAGAUCUUGAAUUUUUGCUAAUAUUGCCCAUCCCUAUACAGAAGUGUACUGGAGUUUUAAAGUGUAUUUAAUUAACACACACUCAAAAAUAUUUCCAAGAUUGAUAGUUCUGGUACUGUGAGAUAGAGAUUAUUUGCCUAUACUGUAUGUUUGGGAACUCUUUUGUGAAUUUGUCUUUUGUUUGAGAUAAGAUUUAUGCACUUCAAUUAUACACUUUUUUUAUGUAAAUGGUUUCUCCAAAUGUUUUUCUUGCCAAACUCCUCACAAAAGCCUGUUACAUAAACCAGUAAGAACUGGUUGGAACUAGACAUUGAGGUUUUAGUUUCACCAGCACAAAUGUUUCAGUGUUUUUAGUGAGCUGUUCAAAUGUUGUUACAUCUGUGUUUAAUAAAGAGCUUCUACUUUGU